GCGCCAAAGCGAGAAGAAAAAACUCGCUCUGCGUUCUCGCCGGGGCGCCUGUGAAUACUCGCGCUCUCUCCCUUUCUCUCUCUUUGGCAACGGCAAUGCGUGCAUCGAACAUCGGCCUCGUGUGUUCGGGGAAUUUUAUUUAGCUAUUCAGCUCCACCACGAACAGUUCGCGCUGCUGUGGCUGCCGUCUGUGCUGGGAUCAAAAGCGGAAAGAAAAGUCGCACGCUCGGGCUGUGCCGUUGGGGCUGUGAUUUUCCUUACUCGCACAACAGAGAAAAAAGGCUCCAAGAGGUCUUUCAUCAUCGCCCGGCUGCGUCGUUCCUUCCGCUCCGGCAUUAAAUGUGUGCGUGCGCGUGUGUUGAAAUUUAAAGUGCAAGUGCAUUUUUAAAAAGUGCGUAGUGUGUGUGUGUGUGUGCUCCCGCGAGUUCACGUGUGUGUGUUUGUUCGGAGUGUGUGUGUGUGUGCAUAUUAACGGUGUUUAGCAGGAUUCGGCCUUCCCCGCGCAUUUCCGCCUGUUGCUGUACCGGCAGUUUAAAGUUCUUAUCAAAGUGUGCGUGCGUGUGUGUCUGUUUAUUUUUUGUUAGUUUAAUUUGUUGAUUUUAUUUCGCGAGCGUAGAGGAAAGAGAAGAGGAAAAGUCCUUUUACAAGAAGAGGAAAAGUCCUUUGAUUCGCUGUACGGCAAUAAUGGCAGUACCGAAGGCGGCCGGCAACGGGGCGUCCCUGCUCCGUUCCUGUCACAUGCUGUUGGCGCGGGCCGAAGGACACAGGGGUGGUGGUGGCCUACUCAACAGCUUAGCUAGGAAUCAAUCUUGGAGGAAGGAGACAGCGCUGAUUGUAUGCGCCAGUCGCCGGUACUCCACCACCGCCACAGUAGCCGCCAGUGGCGGAUGCAGCAAUCGAGGCCCCAGCAGAAGCACCCGAAAACCCAGCAUCAUCAUCGAAGGUGGUGUCGUCUGCCGCGCAUACAGCAGCACUUCCAGCAACAGUGGUGGUGCCGUGAGCAGAAGACAUAUUAGCAGCAGUAGCACCAGUAGUAGCAGCAGUGCAUCCAGCACCAACACCAGCAACGCUCCCGAAGGUAGGCAAUACUUGGGAAACGUCGCUUUGCAUUGCAGCCCUUCAGGCGCUAAGAGGGGAUUUCACGUGCGUCGAGCAGAUCUGCUCGAACGAGGUGUCGGCUUGCAGGGAAAAUGACUUUAUUUCAUUAUA